UUUUUCCUAAUAAUAAUAUCUGAACGCCACGUCGCCGAUAGCCAUCUUCGGUUUCAUCGACACGAAGAAGAAAACCUUUUCACCUCUCUUUCCUUCUCAACUUUGAUUUCCUCACACACACACACUCCAUUUUCUCUGAAAUCUCUGCAGAAUGACAGCUCUAUCCAAUUCUUUUGUGAUUUCCCAAUGCCCUUCCCUCCAUUUCUCAUCCGACCGAUGUGUAUGGCCCACGAACUUGGCGUUUGCUUUUAACUGCAAAAGGAAAUCAUCCACCCAAAGAAAGGGACUCGUUGUUCAAGCAAGUUAUAGUGACAGUGGAAGACCAAGCAGCGCUAGCAUCUUUGUUGGCGGCUUUAUUCUAGGAGGACUGAUAGUCGGGACACUUGGUUGCGUAUAUGCACCUCAGAUCAGCAAAGCUUUAGCUGAUACCGACAAAAAGGAUUUGAUGAAAAAGCUGCCCAAGUUUAUCUACGAUGAAGAAAAAGCUCUAGAGAAGCAGCGCAAGAAAUUGGCUGAGAAGAUUGACCAACUCAAUGCUGCUAUAGAUAAUGUGUCCAGUCAGUUGCGAUCAGAAGACCCCCCAAGCGAAGGAGCAGUUAGCGCAGACGACAUUGAAGCUGUUGUCUAGACUGUGUUUGUCAUUUACAACUGGACCUCUUAUGUACUUGUUGCAUAAUUCCGAUGAAAACUAUCCUCUGAGAAUGCCAUUUUCUCUGAGACCUUAAUUGUCUAUGAUCUGAGAAUUUUAACUUCUUUUCACUAGUUUCUUCUCAUUGGUUAAUUGUCGGUCAAUGCUGAAGUUUGUAGAUUGAAGACGGAUAAGUAGUAAGUUGGUAAACUUGAGAUGUUUUUGCAUAUAAGUGGCUCUUCUAUAA